GGAUAGGCUACAUACCCGGAAGCAGCCAGGCUCUGCAGCCAGCUGAUGGAGCUUCUGGAGAAAUAAGACGUUGAGUGAUUGAAUUAUUCCGAGAGCUCUUGUUAAUGUUAGCAGGCAGCUGAGCCGCACGGGUCCCAGCUACUCUCAGAAGAAGAACAACAAGUGACUGUGUGCAGACACUGGUUGUUAGCUGCUGCCGCUGGACGCGUGUCACCUUUUGUUUAUCGUCGUGUUGUUUGUGUGUUUGUCAGCUGGCCGCUGGAGCUCGCUAUGGACGGCGGCACGGCGGCGGAGUCGGAGGACUGUGGCCCCGACAGGAGGCGCAGGGUGCACGGCAUGCUGAAGCUCUACUACGGCCUGAACGAGGAGGGGAAGUCCGCGGAUGAGCCGGACUCCCUGGAUCCCUGCGACAUCAACGGGCCUCAUUUUGACCCGGAGCACUACCUGAACAAGCUCAGAAGAGAGUGCUCUCUUGCGGAGCUGAUGGACCAGGAGACCUGCAUGGUGAAGCAGAUACGCUCUUUAGACAGUGACAUGCAGACGCUGGUGUAUGAAAACUACAACAAGUUCAUAUCUGCUACAGAUACCAUAAGAAAGAUGAAGAAUGACUUCAAAAAGAUGGAAGAUGAAAUGGACUGUCUGUCUGCUAACAUGGCAGCAAUCACAGAGUUCAGUGCCUCUAUCAGUGGUACUCUACAGGACCAGCACACACAGAUUACAAAACUGUCAGGGGUUCACACUCUGUUGAGGAAGCUCCAGUUUCUGUUUGAGCUGCCGGCUCGAUUGAACAAGUGUCUGGAGCUGCAGGCCUACGCUCAGGCGGUGAGCUCCCACCGCCGUGCCCGCUGUGUGUUGCAGCAGUACAGCCACCUGCCCUCCUUUAAGGGGAUUCAGGAUGACUGUCACGCCAUCAUCGACAAGCUGGCGCAGGAGCUUCGACAGAAGUUCAG